AUGAUCCUCAAAAGUAGUAUGGAAAUGAUUCCAUUGAUAUGUUUUACGUUACUAUCAUUCUUCAGAAUCUGUCAUGCCAUGGAGCUGGAUAGUACAAGCAAAACAUCAAUUUGUGAUGCGACAGCGUUAAUCCAAGAUGGUAUGCUGGAUUACUAUGAGGGUACUAGGUAUGGGGGAGCAGUAGGGAUGUUUCAAUCACCAUACUAUUGGUGGCAUGCAGGUGAAGCGUUUGGCGGCAUGUUGGAAAAUUGGUUUCUUUGUGAGAAUGACACAUAUCAAGAAUUACUAUACGAUGCGCUAUUAGCACAAACUGGUUCUAAUUACGAUUACAUUCCAGCCAAUCAAACGAUGGUUGAAGGUAAUGAUGAUCAAGGUAUUUGGGGCAUAACAGUUAUGGGUGCUGUCGAGAGAAAUUUUACAGAUCCUAGCGAUGGCAAACCAGGUUGGCUGGCAAUGGUGCAGGCUGUCUUCAAUACAAUGUAUUCAAGAUGGGAUUCUGAGCACUGUGGUGGUGGUUUAAGAUGGCAAAUUUUUACUUGGAAUAGUGGCUACAACUAUAAGAAUACAAUUUCAAAUGCAUGUUUAUUUCAAAUUGCUGCAAGACUGGGGAGGUAUACCGGUAAUACUACAUAUUUAGAUGUUGCUGAGCAAGUUUUCGACUGGCUAGUAGAUGUCGGCUAUGUGGUUCUUAAUGAUACGGCAAAUGUCUUCGACGGUGCAGAAAUUGAUACAAAUUGUACCGAUAUUACAAAAAUUGAAUGGACUUAUAAUCAUGGUAUCGUACUGGGUGGUCUUGCGUACAUGUAUAAUGCUACGAAUGGGACAAGCGAAUGGGAAACAAGUUUAACAAAAAUUUUGAAUGGUGCUAAGUCUUAUUUUUUUAAAGACAGUAUUAUGUAUGAAAGCGCCUGUCAAGACUAUAGCACUUGUAACACCGAUCAAAGGACAUUCAAAAGUAUUUUCUCUCGUAUGCUUGGCCUUACAAGUGUUAUGGCUCCCUAUACUAGUGACACGAUUGAUGACUUAAUAAAAACGAGCGCUGAAGCUGCUGCGAAGUCAUGUGAUGGUGGUAGAGAUGGGCAUACAUGUGGCUUAAAUUGGGGCAAACAAACCAAUGAUGGUUAUUAUGGGUUAGGUGAACAAAUGAAUGCAUUAGAAGUUAUUCAAAAUCUCUUAAUACAUGACAGACCGGCCCCAUAUAAGGAAAGUAAUGGUGGCACGUCCAAAGGUGAUGCUAACGCUGGGAUGAACUCAUCUACCACUAAUGUACUACAAAAUAAUCUAAACAUCAAAAAUGGUGAUCGCGCUGGUGCCGCCAUCAUCACAGCAAUCAUACUGAGUGUGCUAAUUGGUGGUGCUGUCUGGAUGUUGUUUUAA